AAUAUCUGGACCAAUAUACAAUGAAUCGAAAUUUUUUUAUCCAUCGAAUAUUUGUAUCGUUUCUGAGUUACGUUCUAGUGUUUAACCAUUUCGAAUAUUAUGUUACGUAUGCAAACAUGGAUUUCACAACUUGGUUACUCGAUACAAAUGGAAUUGUCGAAUCGGAGAGGAGUAAAUUAAGAUUUAAUGAUUGUGGUGGUCGAAGAUCUUUGAUUCAUAUACGAAAUAUGGGGGUAGUGCCGGAAGUUUUUAGGUUCCCACAAAAUGUUUCUGUAACAGCUACGUUAGAAAUACUUAAGGAUAUUGAAGAACCAAUUCAGACUGAAAUUACAAUGCGAAAAGAUAUUCCAUACAUGGGAUUUGUCGAACUUCCAUGUUUAAAAUCGUUUGGUUCGUGUGCGUAUGAUAAUAUAUGCGAAAUGUUGGUGUUAGGAAGAAAAAAUGCUAAUAAUGUACAGAAAAAUUCAACAAAUGCAUGCGCCUGGGUGAAAUCAUUUGGAAUACCAUGUUUUUGUCCUUUGCGGAAGGGUGUAUAUAAGGCAGAUAAAACAAAUUUACCCUUGGCUGGAUCUUUGUUACCACAAUGGGUAGAAACUGGAAAAUAUGAAGUUGAUUUAAGAAUAUUAAAAAAUCAUCGGUCACUUGGAUGUUUUACGCUUAGUUUUACGAUAUUAUAA